UGUCCGCGUUUUAGCGGGAGCUGCGGAAAAGAAGACGGCCACACUCCACUGUCAAAUAAUUUCUUAACUUAGUGGUUUUUGACUGAAAAAAAAGACUGAUUGCCAUGGAAGAAGUUCCAAUGGAGACCAACUCUCCGACCGAGUCCAGUUCUGAAGUCAACUUCAAUCCGGAGGAGGAGAAACCGCAGGAAAACCGAGCACCUGCCGGCGUUUGUUAUUGCGGGAAAGAACGGAAUCUCAACAUUGUUGAGCUACUUUGCGCCACUUGUUCCCGAUGGGUGCACGAGUCCUGUCUAUCCUACCAGUUGGGGAAGGGGAAAAUUCUGCCGUUCAUCACCAACUAUGUGUUCGUAUGCAAGAUCUGCUCUGCUUCUGGCACGGAGAGUUUCCGCAAGAGCCAGGCCACCAUUUCUCAGAUGUGCCACUGUGCCAUUGCCAAUAUGCAGCAGACAGCUGCCCGAGAGGGAAAGCGGCAAAUCCAAUUCAGUAAGGACAAGGAAAUCAUUCCGUACAUCGAGCAGUACUGGGAAGCCAUGACCACAAUGCCUCGAAGACUGACCCAGUCAUGGUAUAGCACUGUUCAACGCUCGCUUGUGAAAGAUGUGCAGACGCUGUUUACUUACGAGGAACACUCGGAGCAUGGCGCCAUGUAUGGCUUGAUCUUUCAAGACCUUCGCACCAUUAAGCCGAACUAUGAAAGCAUGAGCAAGAGUGGUGCUUUGAAAUUGACUGACGAUGGCUACACACAAACUCUCUCCAAGAACAAUAGACAGAAGCGCAAGUUCCCGGGCGCCGAUUCGGGUCCCACGGGAAAGAAGGGCCGCCCCAGCUCAGAUAUCACAGCCAAUGUGAAGUUGCCACCGCAUGGCUAUCCCCUGGAGCACCCAUUCAACAAGGACGGUUACAGGUAUAUAUUGGCAGAACCGGAUCCCCAUGCUCCGUUCCGCCAGGAGUUCGAUGAGAGCUCUGACUGGGCCGGCAAGCCCAUUCCGGGUUGGUUGUACCGGACGUUAGUGCCGCAUUCCGUGCUCCUAGCACUGCACGAUCGGGCACCGCAGCUGAAGAUCAGCGAAGAUAGAUUGGCUGUGACUGGAGAAAGAGGCUACUGCAUGGUCCGUGCCACACACUCUGUGAACCGUGGCUGCUGGUACUUUGAGAUCACCAUCGAGGAAAUGCCUGAGGGUGCAGCCACCCGUUUGGGAUGGGGCAGGGAAUACGGAAACUUGCAGGCCCCUCUUGGGUACGACAAGUUCGGCUACUCCUGGCGCUCGCGCAAGGGAACCAAGUUCACGGAGAGUCGUGGCAGGCACUACACCGAUGCCUAUGUUGAGGGGGACACCCUGGGAUUUCUUAUCCAUCUGCCUGAAGAGAAGGGCCGUGAUUAUUUGCCCAACACUUUUAAGGAUCGUCCACUGGUCAAGUUUAAGUCGCAUCUGUACUACGAGGACAAGGACAAAGUAAGCGAGACUCUCAAGAACAUGCAUAUUCUGUCGGGCAGUCGCAUCGAGUUCUUCAAGAACGGGCAGUCCCAGGGAGUGGCAUUCGAGGACAUUUAUGCCGGUAGCUACUUUCCUGCCAUUUCCAUCCACAAAAGUGCCACGGUCAGCGUAAACUUCGGCCCCGCUUUUAAAUAUCCCGAAGUUCUUGUUGAGAAAAAAGCCAAGGGGAUGCAUGAUCGCGUAGAGGAGCUAAUUACGGAGCAGUGCCUGGCUGACACCCUCUAUCUUACGGAGCAUGAUGGACGUCUGCGUCUCGACAAUAUGGGGGGUUAGAGGCUGAGUGGUUAAGGGUUAACAAUAAUAUAUUAUUAAAUUAGUUUUAAUAAUUGGAUAAAUGUAAGAUCCGGAGCUAAGCACGGAUUACCUAAGAAAUACAACAUAAACCUUA